AUGACCAUCAAAGCAACCAGAUCUGAAUCAAGUCUUCGUUCAAUGCGUCUCAAGAAGUUGGAACGUCGUGACCAACAGUUUGCGGUUCCAGGCAGCAAAAGCAAGGGACGAUUCUUGCGUAAUAUGUUGGAAGCCCCAAAGAAGGAACCGUCCGGUGAGGGUACUUUCAUGAAGGAGAAGUAUCCAUCAGCAUCAAUACAGCGUCCCCGCGUGGUGGAAUACUACAAGCUGAACGAUCUUGCUGGUGACGAGUCCAUUCGGUUACCUCCACGUCUUCCAAUUACUCAAUCCGGGGGAGCUAGAAAGGACCCGCGGUUUACGUCGUCAUUUAGUAGCUUGGACGAUGACCAAAAGGUGGAAGAGCUGGAAAGCUAUGCCGACGAAGUGAGAUGGUUCAUCGCGAAAGUAUCCAAGGAAGUGGAAUUCGAAGACGAGGUUUACCCACUUCACGUUGCCAUGUACCGAAUUUUCAUGGUGUUGCAAGAAGACCCAACAUAUCAGUACGAAAAGCUGCCGCAAAAUGACCGAAAGCUUCUCUUCGAUUGUUGUGUGGAAUCUUUCAUGCAACAGCAACAGGAAUACGCGGAGCAAACAAAUCUGCCUGUUGCCUAA